CCUCAAAGGAGGAUGGCAGUAAUUGCCAGCCUUGGGGGGUACCAGGUGCAUUAUUUCAUUUUUGAAGAUAGUUUAAUCUCAAAGGUAUUUAGUCUCACAGUCUUCUCCUGCAGUGGAUCCAGCGAGACUGCUAGAGUUAACGUGGACAUUUAAUUCAUACCAUAAAUGAAGAGAUUUGCUAUGUGACUCAGGAAUGAAAAGGGAAAACCAAAAGCCCUGCAACAUCUAGCAGCCAGGAACUUCUGGGGCCAAGGAAAUAGGAGAGCUAAGUGAGGACCACAACCCUGCGUUGAAGUUCAGGAGAACUAGCGGCUGCAGUGUCUCGUAGCAGUCUGGAUGGCCCCCUCCUUCAGGCCAAUGUCCACACCCACGGUGCCUGGCCGUUCAGUCCCUGGCACCCAAUGGACAUUUAAUACCUGCUUCGGGAGGAAGGAAGCAAGAGGCAGGAACCACCAGUAAGCUCGGCAGGAAGGUUCCAUCCUCGGAGGAAGUUGGGCCUCCUUACAGUCUUGAGCUCUGCACCUGCCUCAGGCGCUGACAGAUAAGCUUCUGGUGGGACAGAGUAGGGAAGCCUUUGAAACCUAAGAGAGGUCUCUGGAUCAGCCCGCCUGGCCUCCAUGGCCUUGGACUUGUGGGAUUGUGAUUAGCCUGGGAGAGGAUGCCCCGACUGAAGUAGGGCUUCUAGGAAGCAUGGCCCAAAGUAACUCAAGUCUCCUCAAAACCAAAAGCAAUAGCCUCAAGCUGUCGGCUUCCAUUUCCAAUGUUCCCUUCUUCCGCCUUCACCCUUUAAAGGUUACAAAAUAAAACAGCACCCCCCAAACCAAAAUAAGUAGCCAGAUAGUUUUGUAGCAAUAGUGGGCUAUGUUUCUUUCAUUGAAUAAAAAAAAAAAGAAAAGAAAAGAAAAGAAAAGAAAGCCUCCCUUGGCCUUGAUACAUUUCCUCAGGGCCUAGUUCAGCAGCAUCUCAUGAUGAUGGCCAGUUCUGCAACACCUCUGGUGCAAAAGCCACUUCAAAAAUGAAAAGCCACUGUUUUUACAACGUGAAUCAUGAUACUGAUAUUUUGAAACUUCACUGUUUUCGGAAUAGCUAAACAAACUGAUACAUACACUCCAAAUUAGUAGUAUUCAAUGAUGCCUUACUGCGUGCUCAAGUCACGAAUGAACAGUAGAAACCUUGAAUCUCAAGUAUGAAAUGAAAAGAACCUGAUUUUCAGGGAUUUGGCUUUUGUUUGCGGGUCUGAAAACGUCGUUAUUAGGCUUCUGGCCUCUGGUUCUUUGUGAGACCAUGUUGCCGUGAUGAUAACACAUCUGCAGUAGUUGGUAUAGCACCACCUAACUGGAACCCUGAGAUAUGAAUAGCAUCAGAAAAGGAUUCUUUGGGAAACUAGUUUGAUGAAGGUCCCUUUCUGCAGGACUUCUCAGAGCAUUUAAUAUGUCACUGUGUUCGUCCAGCCUCCACAGGGAGAUAGUGUCCAGAGUCUCAAGUCAUUCGCCCGCAGAGCAACUGGCAGGAGGAGUCUGGCAGGAAACCAUCAAGCUGGAGGCCGAAGCCACACACUGCAGUCUGUCCUCCAGAGCUGGAGGAGCCCAGGGACAUUUUAGAGAGCCAACAGAUUGGAGCCACAGGAACACACCAGAAGAUGUUUCUCCCUGCCGUGGGAGGGGUUGGAUGACGUAACUGGCUCUCCAGGACGCCCCACAUAGCUGUGGCUUCAGGAAGGCCUCUUAAACCCAGGCUCAUUUCAGAGCUACUUCUGGAAGCUCCUUGAGAACUAUGAUGUGACAGGUCCUAUCAGAAAGGAUAUUCGGAAACAAGAUCUGCCAAGAAAGUGGCCCUUUUUUCCCUUUUGCAAAGUAGACCUUCUUCCAUUCCAAGAUGCCAGCCAAGACCCCGAUUUACCUGAAAGCUGCCAAUAACAAGAAAGGAAAGAAAUUUAAACUGAGGGACAUCCUGUCCCCCGAUAUGAUCAGCCCUCCCCUGGGAGACUUCCGCCACACCAUUCACAUCGGCAAAGAGGGCCAGCAUGACGUCUUUGGAGAUAUUUCUUUCCUCCAAGGGAACUACGAGCUUUUGCCUGGAAACCAGGAGAAGGCCCGCCUGGGCCAGCUGCCCGGCCACGGCGAGUUCUUCCGGGCCAACAGCACGUCCGACUCCAUGUUCACGGAAACGCCCUCCCCUGUGCUCAAAAACGCCAUCUCCCUGCCGACCAUCGGAGGCUCCCAAGCGCUCAUGCUGCCCUUACUGUCACCAGUGACGUUUAGUUCCAAGCAGGAGUCCUUCGGGCCGGCCAAGCUGCCCCGGCUUAGCUGUGAGCCCGUCGUGGAGGAGAAGGCCCCGGAGAAGAGCAAUCUGUUGGAGAACGGGACAGGCCACCAGGGAGACGUGUCGUGGGGCUCCAGCGGGUCCGCGUCGCAGUCCAGCCAGGGCAGGGACAGCCACUCCUCCAGCCUCUCUGAACAGUACCCCGACUGGCCAGCGGAGGACAUGUAUGACCAGCCUGCCCCAUGCCAGCUCGUCAAGGAAAAGACUAAAUCAGAGGAGUCCCUCUCUGAUCUCACGGGGUCCCUCCUCUCCCUGCAGCUCGAUCUGGGGCCCUCGUUUUUGGAUGAGGUGCUGAACGUCAUGGAUAAAAAUAAGUAACAGACACCGCCAGCUCUGGUCCUCGGGGGGGAAAACGGUAUCAAAAACGAAAAACUAACCCAAACCACAGUCGAAGAGGAGAGCGUCACUGGCUGUUUGCCAUUGUGUGAUAGGUUUUCUAAAAUAAUGUUCCUACAAAGUAUUUUUUGCACCUGUUACGCCCUGUUUGCAAAAACAAAACAAAACAAAAAACUGUCCUGGCAAAACGGAAGUGAGUCAGUCAGGACCCAUUUUUUUCCGGUGGGUAUUGCUGAUGUUCAGCUCACGUUUUCUGCUUCCAGACACGUAAGAAAUCUGGCUUGGCCAGGAUUGGCACUAGUUACGAAGGGCUGCACAAGUCACGUUAAAGAACUUUACAGUACUCUGGCAUUUCCUAGGCAAGAAGAACUCAAAGUUUAUUUAACACCUAAGCCUUUUUUCCUAGACUCUUUUCUAUAUUAUAUCAUUUGGGCUCGCCAUAGUAAAUUCUUCAGUGUUUUCACAUCUGAACAACUUUUUGGGUUUGGGGGAUUUUCUUGUAGCUCUUAUAUAUCCCUAUAUAUUCUAUCUAUAUCGCGAAAUUUUGACUGUCCGCUACAUGUUGGUAAGACACAAGCAAAGUAUUACUGUAACUAAGUUAUUUUUAAAGUUAAAAUAUAUUUUUAUGUGCCUUUGGCUUUUUAUUGCAGAGUCUACAUUUUAUAGAUAUUACAUCAAAUGUUGUCAUUUGACGCAUUUCCAUUUGGGGUUCCAUUGUAAGCUGCGUCUGUAUAUGUUUGGAAAAGUGUAUUCAUAUUUAGCUUUAUUUCUUUUUCUUCAUCUGUUAAUCAUACUUUUCACAGCAACCAACAAUGGAUUGUAAAGUAUAAAGGUACAAGUUACUCAAGAUGCUUCUGCAGAGACUGUGGGCUACACCAUAUAAUGUUAUUUGGAAAUCUAGGUAUUUUAGUACAGUACAUACUUGCAUUACAUAGGUACUUCAUGCAACACAAUAAAGAGUAAAUGUUAAAAUGAA